CCCUCCACUCCCCAUCCCCCUCCGCCCUCCAACUCUUCAACGACCCGUAGAGGUCUCCACAAAUCCCUCUCUUGCUCACAAAAUCUACAUUCCGGAACAAUGGCUGUCGUCGGUAUUGAUUUCGGUACCCUCCAUAGCAAGAUCGGUGUCGCAAGGAAUCGUGGUAUCGACAUCAUCGUCAACGAGGUCUCCAAUCGUGCAACUCCAUCUCUCGUUGCCUUCGGCCCAAAACAACGUUCCAUCGGUGAGGCCGCAAAGACCCAGGAGACCUCCAACUUCAAAAACACCAUUGGCUGCCUCAAGCGUCUGAUCGGCCGUACGCUCGCAGACCCCGAGAUUCAGGAGGAAAAGAAGUUCUUGCACGCCAACCUUGUAGAUGUCAAUGGCACCGUCGGCGCGGAGGUCACCUACGUCGGCGAGAAGCAGAUAUUCUCCGCAACUCAGCUUGUCGCCAUGUAUCUCGGCAAGAUACGAGACAUCACCUCCAACGAGCUCAAAGUCCCCGUCACCGACCUCGCCAUCGCCGUCCCUGGCUGGUACACCGACAUCCAGCGCCGAGCACUCCUCGAUGCCGCUUCGAUCGCCGGUCUCAACGCCCUUCGCCUUAUCAACGACACCACUGCUGUCGCUCUCGGUUACGGUAUCACCAAAUCCGACCUCCCUGAGCCCGAGAACCCACGGCACGUCAUGUUCGUCGACGUUGGUCACUCCUCCAUGUCCGUAGCCGUCGUCGCCUUCUCCAAGGGUCAACUCACCGUCAAGAGCACGGCCUACGAUCGCCAUAUUGGUGGUCGUUACAUCGACUACACCCUCCUCAAGCAUUUCGCAGAGGAGUUCAAGACCAAGUACAAGAUCGACGUCAUGUCGAGCCCCAAGGCCCAGUUCCGUCUGGCUGCCGGUUGCGAGCGUCUCAAGAAGGUCCUGUCUGCCAACUCGGAGGCUCCUCUCAACGUCGAGUCUAUAAUGAACGACGUUGACGCGUCGUCGAGGCUUACUCGUGAAGAGUACGAAGCCCUCCUUUCUGAUCUCUUAAACCGCAUCGCCGUCCCUCUUGAGCAGGCGCUUAAGGAGUCUGGUCUCACCAUCGAGCAGAUCGAUACUGUUGAGCUCGUCGGUGGUUCUACCCGUGUCCCUGCUGUUCGCCAGCGCAUCCAGGCUGCCCUCGGCGGCAAGACCCUCUCUACCACACUCAACCAGGACGAGGCCAUCGCUCGCGGCACUACCUUCGCCUGUGCUUUCCUGUCCCCCACCUUCCGUGUCCGCGAGUUCACCAUCCAUGAUAUCACCCACUACCCCAUCAAGGUCAACUGGGAGUCCUCGGCGUCGGACCCUGACGAUGACACCGAGCUCCUCGUUUUCCCCCGCGGCAACGGCAUCCCUUCGACCAAGGUCCUCACCUUCUACCGCAAGGGUCCCUUCGACAUCGAGGCGCAGUACGCGGAGCCUGAGGGUCUGCCCGGCGGUAUCAACCCGUGGCUCGCCAAAUUCACCGCGAAGAGCGUCCCACCUGACCCCAACGGCGACCUCACGUGCGUCAAGCUAAAGACGCGUCUGAACCUCCACGGUAUCAUGUCGUUCGAGAGCGCGUAUGUCGAGGAGGUCGAGGAGCGUGAGGAGGCGAUGCCUGUCGAUGGGGAUGACAAGGCGACGCCCAAGAAGAAGAAAGUCGUGCGCAAGAAGGAGAUUCCGUUCGUCGCCUACCACUCUUCCCUUGAUUCAAGCCUGGUCGAGAAGUUCAAAGAGCAGGAGGCGCAGAUGUACGCUAACGAUAAGCUUGUCAUGGAUACCGAGGACCGCAAAAACGCUCUCGAGGAAUACGUCUACGACAUGCGUGGCAAGCUCGACAACCGCUACGCUUCCUAUGUCCAGCCACAAGAAAAGGAGCAGCUUCUCUCCAUGCUCCAGGAGGCAGAGGACUGGCUCUACAGCGAGGAGGGCGAGGAUGCCACCAAGUCGGCGUACGUCGCCAAGCUCGAUGGUCUCAAGAAGAUCGGCGACCCAAUCGUCUUCCGGUGGCGCGAAGCCAAUGAGCGUGCCGGUGCGAUCUCACAACUCCGCUCCACGCUCAACGACUACAUGGCGCAAGCCACAUCGGGCGACGAGCGGUACUCACACAUCGACGAUAAGGACAAGCAGGCGGUCAUCGAACGUUGUGCCAACACUCUCAAGUGGCUCGAUGACCAGGUUGCGCGGCAGUCGGAGCGGCCGAAGAACGUGGACCCUGUCCUCACGAGCGCAGACAUCGUCAAGAAGAAGGACGAGAUCAUCUACUUCGCCAUUCCUAUCCUCACCAAGCCGAAGCCGAAGCCGGUCGUGACGCCUAGCGCGAACACGCCCAGCGGUCCCGGAACGCAGACUCCCCAGGGAGACGCACAGAGCGGGACUCGGACGCCCCAGGGCGGUGCACAGAGUGGGAAGCAGACGCCUGACCCUGCUGCGGGUGGCGAGGCACCCAAGGCAGAGGAGCCGCAGGGUCCUUCGGGGAUGGAUGUCGAUUAGAUGCGACUGUCUGGACGGUUACGUACGACGGUCGAGUAAUGGAUAUGGCAGUUUUCAAGCUGGGGUGUUACGAUUAGAUGCAUGAAGUGUAGAUCCGCAUACUUACUAUUGCAAUAUUGUUUCUUUCAUGACUUUCAAGUCGUGUUUUG